AAUUCAAUUUCAGUUGACAUUAUUGUAACGAGUGUCACUCUUCCAUUCACAGGGCAACAUAGUUAUUGCUAGAUACAAAACUCUAAUCAUAUUUACCUACAAAACUACCACACUUCCGCGGGGCAGCCAAACCACAAAUCAUACGAUAAAGAGAAAUAUCAACACAAAAAGCGAGCAGUGUAUUAUUGAAAUUUUCUCGACUAUCCCGAGUUACAAAAUUCGAAAAUUAGUAUGUAGAAAAAAAUGUGCGUAAUUCCGUUUGUAACGAUUAUAAUGUGCGCGUCACUCGCAGCAGGGAAUUCCUGCGAACGGCUACUUUCCCUUUACGAAAGUUUCGAGUGUGGACCGAACGACGUCAUCGAAAAUGUUGCCACUUCUUACUACUGCGCGACGUCGCCUUAUAAAACUGAAUAUGCGGAAAAAUUGUGUUAUUUUAAGGGACGCUUUUAUCGAAAUGGGGAAACCCUUCCGCGGCGGUAUGCACGUACUGUUUUUGAAGACGUUUGUGACUAUACUUGUCGAAUAUCCGUCGAGUUGGGUUUAGGACCUUACUUUGAAUACGGCAACUGUGACACUAAUGAAACCAUAGAUGUCGUGGAAGGAGAAUGCAUUCAUGAUGCGCUAAGUAACGUGGAUUUCUUCAAUUAUGAUUGGGCUCCAGUUUUCUUCACAGGGGAUCAGUGUCCCUUCUUUUGGAUUGCCGAUGAGCCUUCCGAUUUGACUUCUGAUGAUUGCUCCGAGGAUUCAAGAACCUGUUGCAAAUAUCUUAACUACACCAUAAAAGCGGGGAGGAAAUUUCGACCUACAGACUUAGUUGAAUGCGACUGUACAUGUCCUCCUAUGACUGAAUGUAUUCACAUCUAAGGCAGUUUUGUACUGAGUGAUCUAAAAUGAUCGCACUUGAAAUCACUCACUUCUAGAGAUCAGUAGUAAAAUAGUCAUAGAUGUAA